GACCUUUUCCCCUAUGUUGCUUGUAGCCCUGGUGGUCUUGCCGACGUUGUCCGUAAGGGAGGAGCUUGCCUGACUAAAAAUUUUCACGUCCAUUAUUCCUUCGACUUUCUAGACCUUCAAAGGCAACAUGACGUCAUAUCAAAAUACAGUGUGUAAUACGUGUAAAGCGCGAAAGGUCAAAUGCGACCGCAACAACCCAUGUGGCAACUGCAUCGACGGCAAUAUUCAAUGUCUUCGUACAUCGUCAGUUGUCCGUCAACCUCGAAGCGCGUCCAAACGCCGGAGAGAGGCCGAAUCAACAACAGCACAGAAAAGCAUUCGACGACAUGAACUCCAAGUCUCCCCUUCACCAUCCAAUCCUUCUCCUAGUAUGCCUCAAUCACCCUCCAUACUCGAAGCUCAAGACUUCAUACGCCAGGAGAUAAAUUCGGGGAAGCACAUGCCCGCAGACAGGUUAGCUGUCCUGAAUGCUGCAAUGUCUUUCGUGAACCAUCUUUCGCGGGUCACGAAGCCCAACGACGUCUCAACCGCACCAAGUACACGCGUGCUAGAUGUUUUAGAAGAUAUUUCGUACCCGUCGGUUGAGACUUUAUACUGGAUGUUACGCGAGUUGAAGGGGAAGAGAAUCGGCCUUCACGCGCUCGAUUACUUCAAGCACGUCUCACCGAGGUCUUUGAAGGACAUGGGACUUGCUUUGAUCAACAGAGCAGGUAGUCCCGAAACCCUACUACUCUAUUCUAUAUGCGUCAACUCUGCUGCUUUCAAGUUCAUCAACACCGUAUUAUCUGAAAAUAGCAUGGAAGAGGUGGGAGCAGGUAUGCGCACAUGCGCUACAAAAUAUCUUAGUAGUGUCAAGCUGGCCAUGGCACGCAUUCAUCUACUCUCUGCUCCGUCACUCCUUUUCUUGCAAUCCCUCCUUUGCAGUGCAUUUAUUGCUCAGGGCUCCGGAGACUCAACACAUUGUUGGACUUUUAUUACUGCUGCGUGCAAAGUUUGCGAAGAUCUCAGCCUCGAAGCUCAGGUUAAAGCCUGCCAAACCGAGACGGAAGAUGACGAAGAAGUCUAUUAUUGUUACAUAUGGUGCCACAUCCUGGACAAGAACUACUCUAUGAUGCAAGGAAGAAGUCGCUUUCUGCUCGAGUAUGACGGACUUGGCGCGGCAUUGUCAUCUCCACUCAACAAGUCAAUGUCGUCACUCCUUUCCACCUAUCUAAACUUCGUGCCUGUUCAGGCCAUCUACAUUUCGGAGCUCCACCCAGACAAAAUCGUCAACAACAAGUCCCUCUUGUCAAGGGUAGAGUACGUAGUCCAGGAUCUGCUAGAGAGGCUCGAGCGUGUACACGCUAAGAUCACCGAGUUACAUGGUUCUCCAGAGCAAUGGGGGGGGCUCCAUAUAGGGAGUGAACUGAAUACCAUCCAGUUCUCAUACCAUUCACUCCGCACAUCCAUCCUACGCUCAAGACAGAUCUGUUUGCCAGCUAUGGCGUACAUCGACAACGACUGCCUAGAAUCCGCACGCAUGGCAAUGACGACCUUGAGAGCCAUACAAGAGGAGUCAACUGCUAUAAUCGAUGUUCGGGCUCACGUAUCAUAUAUGCAUUGGACUCUGCUCUAUCAUCCAUUGACCCCUUUCUUCGUGUUAUUCUGCAACGUCGUCGCAUCAUCAAACGAGCAAGAUUUCCAGCUCUUGAAAGUCGUCGCGCUCCAACUUGACGGACUAGCAGAUCUUAGUCCCUCAAUUGCUAAGCUCCAGACACUGUUCAAGUCUUUCAUCGACCUUUGCGAAGGCCUCGUGUGGGAGGCGAAGAAAAGUACAAGCCCUGUGUCGAGGACCGACGAACGACCACGUGGCAUCGAGCGCAUGCAAGACCUCGUCUUUGCCCCACAGCCGACGAACGAACAGCCUAAAUUUGCAGUCAGUUUAGCUGGACUCCCACCUCAGCUAGUGCCAUUGAGUCGACCGCCCCAAGAGGGUACUAUAGAUUUCCCGAACGAGAGCGGGCCUGGGAUAAUUGAUCCGGGAUGGGGACUCUUCGAUACUCAGCCGACGUUGGACUGGUUGGAUGCAGAUUUCUCUUACUUCGAUAAUAACCAAUAAUCAUGGAUCGUGUUCUGUUCUACUGCUCUGCAGCAAAUACGUGGAUUCAACUAUUUUUUCUCGAAGAUCCUAGGUGACGAUCGACUUUCUGACGCCCAUCCAAAUGAGACAAGAUAAGAGAUCUUCUACGCAACUGGUACAUGUUAGCGAGUGGAUGUGAUUUGGUAUGAAAGCAGAAUUGCUGUUUUUACACCGAAGGUGGUUUGGCGAUCACGUGUCUUCAGCAACCGGGCCACGAUGUACUGGCAAGGAUCAGCCCUAAACAACACCAUUUCACAUUACCAUCCCGGCUCCUCAGAAGUCGACCGUUUCGACUCGUCCACCACCUCUUAGAGUAUCCCCUGAAUUUCGG